AGAAGAAGAGGAAAUCCAACUUUCUAGAAGAAGAGCAAAACCUGAGAUUAUUUAAACAUGGAGUCUGAAUUAGAAAGUGAUUGCAGUGAAAGUGUGAACCUCUCAGAUGUUACCGCUGUUGCAGCUGAGUGGAUGUUGGACUUUAUGUUUGUAAGUCUGUGUCGGCGUUUCAAGGAAGGCAAAUUUGAAGAGUUCGAUGAAACGCUUUCUACUUUCGAGGCCAUUUGUCGGACUCCGUCUCUGAAUGGACACCUCAAUAAUGAAAAAACCUUGAUAUGUGCUUUCCUUUCAAGAGUCUUGCAUGGAAAGGAUCUGGAUGUCGAGUAUGAAGAGGAUGACCGUGUGACGCCUCUGAUGUCUGCUGCCAAAAUAUGGUUAAAACUAGAGCAGUCUGUGGCGGACAAAACUCUGUUCCAAACCAUCACCAAUCUUUUGGUUGUCCAGUCUGUGGCUGUGUGCUUGAAGGAAGGCCAAAGGUCAGCCUCUUAUGCCCUCAAGUGGUUUGAGAAUGAGGAAUUCCCACAGAUCUUGAAAGUUAAGCUGAAGAAGAUAGUGACACAGAAUGAAACUCACCACCCAUUCUUCACGAGCUUCAGCUUUAGCCGUCUGAUGGAGACAGUCAAAUCUUACUUGGAUGCCUACUUGGAGAAGAAUCCCUCUGACUACAUUCUUAAGAGAGCCACAGAGAAGCUGCAGUCGUCACAGAACGCUGAGGACGUGAUGCCACAGGACAGCGCUGUGUCAGAAGAAAGCAACAAAUCUACUGAAGAUAGAAAGAAAAAAGAAAAGGCUCCAUGUCGGAGAACAAAACGGAUACUACUGUCAACUAAAAUGACUGAUUUAUGGAAACCUGAAUCAAACAAGAAGGCCAUUUUAAGUCUCAGAAGAAUCUCAGAGAAAGAAAUAUCUCAAACGACAGUGAGGGAGUCAGCACGCUGCUGGCAGACUCCCAAAAAAAGAAAAAGACCUCAGAAAUGGACAUGGGAGGAGGACUAUCACCUCAAAGCUGGAGUUAGCAAACACGGCCCAGGGAAGUGGGCUCAGAUAUUAAUGGAUUAUGACUUUGAAGGACGCACUGGUGUCAUGCUCAAAGACCGCUGGAGAGUUCUAAAGCAGCAGUUUAUAGAAGGCUGAAGUGGGAGAGUGUCUCUCUAAUUUGUAUAAUGUAGCAAUGUACCUGUAAACUCUUAUCAGCUUCCAAAAAAACAAGAUGGCCACAGCCAAAAUGUAACUUAAUUGUUAUUAUAUUGCUGUAGAUGUUCCUUUUAAAUAAUGGCAUGUUAUUGUUAUGCUUGCACCGAGAAAAUACACCACUAGAGGGCAAUCUACACAAAAGUUAUACUUUGUGCAUUGCCUCAAAUGACAGGAUACAUUUGAUAGUUCACAUCAUUUGCAUGUGUGGCCCUCUAGCCUGUACAGUAGUCACUAAUUUAAGCCCAUCUGCCAAACUUUAAAAUAUACCUUUAUGUUGUGGGUUUGUAGCAAACAGAGCAACAAGCAAAGAACAGACAUUUCAAACCACCAGAGGGAACUUAACACAGAGUAAUAAACUGGGCAGCUUGUGUCGCUUGUGACGCAAUCAGAUCAAGAAUGUAUAUUUGUAAAAUAUUGUUAUUAUUUUUAGUUAAACAUUUUUGCCAAAAAGGCUUAAAAACAACAAUCAAAAACCAAAACCAACUUUGACAGGUGUUUACUGCGUACUAAAAAAGGUGAAUUACUGUACAAGUUACAACAUUGUCUUUACAUAGUGUGUUUAAAGUUACACUCAACAAUGGAGAUGUGCCCGGUGAUUGCAGUGACUUAAACAUGCUUUUCUAUCAAUGUGAAGCAUAUUUAUAAGAGACAUAAUUAUGUUGCACCACUAUCGCAUCUUGAGUCUCUGCGUGUUGAAAGCUGGCAGCACUGAGGCAUCUGAUGUGAAAAUAUUUCAGUGGAUGAGGGGAAUUUGGCUGUCCAUUGUUAUUGUGGACACCACUUCAGAGAAAGUUCUGUGGUGCUUUGUUUGGAUCAGAUGAAGACAAAGCUGUGUUGUGGUGGGCAGUUGCACUGCUGGGUUUUCUGGAUCUUCUUCCAUGUCCCGCUGCACUGAUGGUUCCCCACUGCCUGCCAGUGGAGCAAAGUUUCUCUGCAACACAAUUACAGCCCCUUAUGUUCAGGUUUUUACACUAACAUAUGCUUAAUUUCACACACAUUUAGCCUUUCCCAUUUCCCCUAUUGUAUAUCCUCGAUUCCUUUGCUUUCGUCUGGGUUACUACAGAACAUGCGUCACUUAAAUAUAACGUGGGCACAACUGCAUAUGUCAAUACGUAACUUUGGCACUUUUUGCACAUCUGUUUGACAAAUAUGCUUGUUACUUUAACAAAAUUUUACUUACUUUUACAUAAUUUUACUCUGCCGUAUUCUAAAUUUAAAGCAUAAGUUGUAUAGACACGUGUUUCAAACUUGAUGUAUUUUAUCUCAUAGUUACUCUUUUCACCUGACAUUAAAUGUUGUUUUUAUUUA